AACCGCAACCUAGCCAAGUAAAACCAGUAUGGAGAUUUUUAUCUGAAAUAAAAAGCUAUAUGAAUGAAUUAAGUAAUAUUAAUAAUGUUAAAAUUGAUAAUGACACGACCAUGAACUUUACCGGAAUUAGAAAACAUCCAUCUUCGAUGUUCUAA